AUGAAAAUGGGAAUGGCUUUAAUGUUGCUUACAGUAUUCAUGGCUGUGAUGUCUUCUACAAGAGUCUCUGCUCAGUCAGGUUGCAUGAACGCAUUGGUCAGCAUGUCACCAUGUCUCAACUACAUAACCGGAAACACUACCUCCCCUUCUCAGCAAUGCUGCAGCCAGUUGGGUAACGUAGUCCAGUCUUCUCCUGACUGUUUAUGUCAAGUCCUCAACGGUGGAGGCUCUCAGCUUGGGUUGAACAUUAACCAAACACAGGCUCUUGCUUUGCCAAGGGCUUGUAAUGUUCAGACUCCUCCUAUCAGUCGCUGUAACAAUGGUGGUGGUUCUAAUGCUGACUCUCCUGCAGAUUCACCAAAAUAUUCAGGACCAGGAAAUGGAUCCAAAACCGUACCAGUAGGAGAAGGAGACGGACCAUCGUCUGAUGGAAGCUCUAUCAAGUUCUCAUUUCCUCUUCUAGCCUUCCUCUCAGCGGCUUCCUACAUCGCAAUCUUCUUGAACUACUGAUUUUUUCUUGGAUGAGUUUUUAUGCCACUUAGAUUGCAUUCUUUAUUUAUUCACAUUUUGUUGUGAUAUUCUGUGAUGUAUUAUUUCAUGCUCCCUGAGUCCAUACUCUCUGUCUGAUAUUGGUUUGUAGAAACGGGGAGCAGUUGGAUCUCUUUACUUUGUACAAUAAAUAUUAUUUUUACACACUAAAGAACAGAACAUUAGAUAUCUGA